CAUCUCGAGAACUCCUGUUUUACUAUUACACUACAGUUCUUCAAGUGCCAGUGCUGGACACUUUGCCAUUUGAACUAGGCCAGUUACCUGCACUCCCUGAGCAUGUUAAAAUAGUAGAAGUUGGACCUAGGGAUGGAUUGCAGAAUGAAAGGGUUAUAGUUCCUACAGAUAUAAAAAUUGAGUUUAUCAAUCAACUAUCCCAAACUGGCUUGUCUGUAAUAGAAGUAACCAGCUUUGUGUCCUCCAAACGGGUGCCACAGAUGUCUGAUCAUGCAGAAGUGAUGAAAGGCAUCCAUCAGUAUCCUGGCAUUCGAUACCCCGUUCUUACUCCGAAUCUUCAGGGUUUUCACCAUGCUGUUGCUGCUGGAGCCACUGAGAUAUCAGUGUUUGGUGCUGCAUCUGAAUCCUUUAGCAAGAUGAAUAUUAACUGCUCUAUUGAAGAAAGCAUGAGAAAAUUUGAAGAGGUCAUUAAGUCUGCAAGCCAAAUGAAUAUUCCAGCACGCGGGUAUGUGUCUUGUGCGCUGGGCUGUCCAUACGAGGGAAGCAUUAUGCCGCAAAAAGUGACAGAACAGGUGUCUAAGAGACUGUACGGUAUGGGCUGCUAUGAGAUCGCCCUGGGAGACACGACCGGAGUGGGCACUCCGGGAAGCAUGAAGAGGAUGCUGGAGAGUGUCAUGAAAGAAAUCCCGCCAGCUGCACUUGCGGUUCACUGUCACGACACGUACGGACAAGCCCUGGCAAACAUCCUCACAGCCCUGCAGAUGGGGAUUAACGUGGUGGACUCUUCCGUGUCGGGAUUAGGUGGCUGUCCUUAUGCGAAAGGUGCCUCUGGGAAUGUAGCCACCGAGGAUUUAAUAUACAUGCUUCAUGGCCUGGGGGUUGAUACAGGUGUGAAUCUCUGCAAAGUGAUGGAAGCUGGUGACUUUAUUUGCAAAGCUGUGAAUAAAACUACAAACUCUAAAGUAGCACAAGCAUCUUUCAAUGCUUGACUUGAAUAUAUUUAUGACCUAAAAUUGAGAUGACCCAUAUCAGCUACAUAGAUUCACCUGGAAAUCAAUGCUAACUUAUUCUGAAACAUGAAUAGACAAGAGUGGAAAAAGAAGACGUUGCUAUCAAGAUUUCUCCUGGAUAGAGGCCAGGGCUAUAGCUCAUCCGUGCAGUGCCUGCCUGACAAGCCCAAGGUCCUGAGUUCGACUCCCUCCCGGUGCCAAAAAAAAAAAAGAUUUCUCCUGGACAGGCUGUGAAGUCAGUGGGAAGCAGUAGCAGCUAUUGGGCAAAUUGCAAACUGAGAUAAAUAACAAAACUUGUCGACAUUUUUUUGAACUGGAAGUACAAGUCUACUCUUCUGGUCUCCUAGAAAUAUCCCUUUAAUUUAGUAUAUGUAAAAAUUGACAUCAGACUUCCGUAAGUAUCAGAUGUGUGUUGCUGGUUAAUCCGGCUAGCUGAGCGGGGCACACAGUGGUGGCAGUUUACGAGCCCUGCACAGUGCACCAAGUGUGUGGCCUUGGCACUCUGCGUCGACUCCGGCUCUCGAUUUCCCGUUUGCCAAGUCAGUUAGCUUGUGGACCAAGAGCCAAAGCUCCAGCUGACCCUACACAAUUGUUAGCAGUAGAGCUUUUAUAUUUCAAGUGUGGCUAACAUCUGUUAACUAUUUCGAUGGCUUUAUCUCAUUCCAAGAGGCUGUGGUCGAUGGCAAGACACCAUACCCUGGAAACACAUUACGACCUCCUAUGUUUGCUGCAUGCCUCCAGUUUGCCAUACUUUAUCUUUCAUCAGUUACAGACACAUGAGAUCCAGCGUGCUAUCCUCCAUUCCUGAGAAAUUGCAAGGUAUGGUUUUUGUCCAGAUGUCUAAACUGUGGUGAUGAGAACAGGUUGAUAUAUGGAGCGUAAUCUACUUCAUAAUUUCAGUUCUCUUCCAAAUUGCCCAAGAAAAUGUUAUUCAGCUCCUAAGAACAUCAAGAUAAUUUUCAAUUCAUGAAAUAAGCUGUUUUCUAUUGAUUUAUGGUACAGUACUUCGAUCACAUCACAUCAUUUUUGGUAGACUGUUUUAAAGAUCAUUUUUUAAGAUGAAAUGGUGGAAAUUUUGUCUACUGCACUGGAAAGUGAUUCCAGAGAUAACAAAAGACUAAUACAUCAAAGACUGAGAAGAGGUAAAAAGAGGUCUGUGUCAAGAAAAAUGUUUCUGUAAUUUAUGCAAAUCAUAUAUGUGGAUCUAGAAUGUCAGUUCUAUUAUUUAUAUAGGCUUCUUGAAUAAUACUUGGUGAUCUUAUCUUUGGAUAAACUUUAAUAUAAACUCGAAUGCAAAAGUGAAUACUGUGAACUUCCUAGGAAAUAGUCUUCAAAACCAUUAAAAUAAAAAGAAAUUCAAAACACAAGUA